AACCCAAACCCGAGGCGCCGCACGCACAGCCCAAAAGCCCAGCGAGCGACGGGGAGAGAUCGAGCCGAGCACCGGCGAGGAGGGAUCGGCGAUGAUGGACGGCGGGAGGCGGUGGCAGUCGCCCGCCGCGGCGGCGGCGGCGGAGGGGGAGGACGCGGCGGGCGGCUACGGCGUCGGCGGCGCGGGGGGGCCCUCGAGGCGGCCUCCCCGUCGCGGGCUGAACCGCGCGUCGCCCUACGGGACGGCCGCCCCCCGCCGGUUGCUCCCCACGCUGCCCGUGGCCUCCAGGAUCUUCCCCUCCGUGGCCCAAGACCACGCCGCCGCCGCCGCCGCCGCCUCCGACGAUAAUCAAAUGGCCUGGCGUGAAUCGCUGGAAGUAACCAAUGAAACACAUAGGCAUUCUAUAGAAUGGAACACCAAUUCUACAGCCCUGGAUAAUAAAGCCAGCCUGCUCCAGGAAGGUGAUUGUAGAAAUCAAAACGAUGGCAGCGGUCUCGCUGAAAUUGAGAAUAUCAUCAAACAGAAACAUUUUUCUAGGGAUGAAACAGAACGCCUUAUAGAGAUUAUGCGCUCAAGGACUCCUGAUCAUUUUAAUGAAUAUCAGAGAGUUCCAAGGUCUUCCACUAAAGGUUUCGAAGCCAUUCCGUUUUCAGACAGAUGGUCCACUCCUGCAAAAGAGAUUGAUGUUCGAUCACCUUGUGGGACUGAAGUCUUUGUACCAUCAAAUGUGCUUGAUGUUGCCUCAUCACCAAUUGAACUUGCAAAAGCCUAUAUGGAAGCACAGACCUCAGCAUCUGUACAAGAGUCUCAAAAGAGGAAAUUCAGAGCUUUGAGUCAUGGAGUUGAGGUAGAGAAUUCAUCCUCAAAGGUUUUCCCUAAAAUAGCUACAGAUUCUCCUGUAUGCUGGCCAGGAUCUGUUGUCCGAAACUAUCCGAAUUAUCUUACACCACAGAGCAAUAAAGGAAGAACUCUGCCUCCAACUUCCUCUCGCACAACUUAUAUUGGCUCAGUUUUCCCAAGAUCUAACAAGUACACAGGAUCCCGUGAUGCCUAUAAUAACUCAUCUGGAAAGCCACAAUUUUCAUCUCCUUUCCCUGUUGGAAGUAAGGCAAUAUUUGAGGAUAAAACAGCACCUCUUGGUGCUGUUCUUGGGGCGCAACCGUCAACAACAUAUUCCAAAGAAGCAUAUGGAGAUACUGUUGGUGCAACUACUCCCUUAUUUGCAAAGAAAUGUUCUGCUUCUAAGAAGAAUGAUGGAUCCGCCCUUCAAGGACAUCAUGGCGAAGGCACCACUGAAAGUGGUUCAUCGCUCGGGUUUGUUUCAAUGGUAGACAAUAUGCCCCAUUCCAAAUCUGCGGCUUUAUCUGUUCAUCCCAAGUCAAGCAAAACAGCUCACAAAAUACUCCAGCAUCUAGAGAGAACUAUUCCUUCUCCUACAGCAAAGCCACUAGAGCUAAGGUGGACUUCAGCAAAGAGAACUACUUCCUCUGUUGUCACCAACAUCCAGCAUAAUGGGCCUGCUACUGAUAGUCAUAGACAUAGCAGCAUCAACGAUAGUGGUAGUGCUCAACAGGAAAUUUCAGAUGCAAAUAAGGUUCUGGCUCCUCCAAGCAGCUCCAAUGCUGUGGAAUCUAGUCCAAAGAUAGAGAAUAGUGGGACCAAGUCAAUGCCCUCUUCACAACAUACUUCAGAAUCUGACUCGGCAACCACAUCAGCUGCUCAGGUCUUGGAUAAAAGCACAGGCAAUGGUUUGGCCUUCACAUUUCCUGUUCCAAAAACCUCAAUGUCUCUUCCUGAGCCACCACCUACUCCGACUCUGUCACAGCCACCAAGUAUCCCGUCAGCUGACGGUGCAGAUAUACCCAAGUUUACCUUUGGUUCAUCAAGCACUACCGGUAAACUUGUUUUCUCCUUUGACUUGCCGAGCAGUUCCCACAGUGCAGAAGAAGCAGCCCCAACCUUCAAAUUCGGGUCUGAUACGAAGCGUGAGCUGUCUUUUGAUGUUGCUGGCAAAGAUGCAGUUUGCUUUUGAUAUAUGCAUCUCAGCUCAUUCAAAAGCCAGUCAUGCUUGCUAUUUGUUUGGCGAUUGCUGCGGACAACGCCAUUGGGACACACUGUAUUUGACCUACAAAUUGAAAAUUUGGUCGCGAUUAUUAGUAUAUUCUGAACUUUUUACCUGUCGCAUUGACAGGUUUCUUUCA